GAAGUGUAAUUUUACCAAAAUUCCAAGGGCAGGUAAUAUACCGGUUCUCAGAGCCACGUAAGCUUCCACGUGGUUUUCUGUUAUUUGUACGUAUGAUGCUUAUUUAUCGGAGAACCGGCACACCGCACCGCACCUGACCGCUCCAUUUCCACCACCUCCGCCUCCUAAUCUAAUGGUCUAGUGGAACCUUAGUAGGGAUUCCCACCAAAAUCCUCGUCGCCGAUCGAGAAAUCGGCCGGCUCCCCCCGGACUCCGUCCCAUCUCCUCAUCUUGAUGAUCACCGAUGAUGGCAUCCGCCUGCGUCAACGAUGUCGGAACAACGCCGGAGGCGUUCCUCGACUGCCCCCCGGCCUGCCCCUCCUACGGCUGGCUCAGCCCUAGGAUCUCCUUCAGCCGCGAGGUCGCCGACGACAGCCCCCCAGCGUCCACCGCCGAGAAACCCGAGGCGGAGAAGCCGGAUCUGGAUGCCGCCGGCAAGGAUCUCGCCGACUUCGAGUUCCGACUCGACGAUCCCGUCGCGAUGCUCCCCGCCGAUGAGCUCUUUUCAGACGGGAAGCUUGUACCGCUCCAGCUGGCGACGGCGCGGACCGUGGCGGAGCUGCCGGCUGCGGCUGAGCACGGGAUCCGCUCGCCGGAGGUGGCCGCAGCGCCGCGGAGGGUGGCGGAUGUUCUCGGAGCGGAUGCCUUCGUCGCGGAGUCUCCCAAGGCGCCGCGGUGCUCCAGCCGGUGGCGGGAGCUUCUCGGCCUCAAGAGGCAGCAGAGCUCCAAGCCAGAAACCCAGAAGGCGGUGUCCGCCCCUUCCAAGAGCCCUAACACCAGAUCUCUCCGGCAUUUCCUUCACCGUAACUCUAAGCACAAAGCCUCCUCCACCGACUCAUCUCUGAGCCUUCCUCUCCUCCGCGACUCCUCCGACGCCGAGUCGGUUUCCAUCUCUUCCCGCCUAUCCCUUUCCUCCUCUUCCUCCUCCGGCCCCGACCACGAGGACCUCCCCCGUCUUUCCCUAGACACCGACAAGCCCUCCCGGAUCCCGCUCUCCCUCGGCCGGAACCCACCCCGGGUGCGGGUCUCCCGGACGAGAACCACCCUUCCGGACGGGCAUCAGUCAUCGAGGGUGGGCCGGAGCCCGGUCCGCCGGCCUGCUGAGGCGGCAGCGUCCUCGCGGGGGGCAUCGGUGGACAGCCCAAGGAUGAACGCUUCGGGGAAGGUGGUGUUCCAGGGGCUGGAGCGGAGCUCGAGCAGCCCGAGCAGCUUCAAUGGCGGCCCGAGGACCAAGUACCGUGGCAUGGAGCGCUCCUACUCGGCCAACGUAAGGAUCGCUCCGGUCCUCAACGUCCCUGUCUGCUCCCUUCGCGGAUCUUCCAAGUCCGUCACGGUGUUCGGCUUCGGUCAGCUUUUCUCUCCACAGAAGAAGGAGGAAGCAUCCAUGGCGAGAAGCGGCAGCAAUGGAAGCAGAGCCAAGAUCGAGAGGGGGAAAGCUUGAACGAAAUCUAGUUUGAUCGAUUUGAUUGCAAAAAUCGCGGUGGUUUGUGUUUCUAAGAUGCGCCGGGUUAGCCGGUGCAUGUUAGCGUGUGGGAUGCUGCGUGGGCCGGAAGGACUCCGAUGUGUUCGUUCGUCAGUUAUUCGCUGUUGUCUUGGCGAUGCCUCCGUUGAUGUGCACGAUAGCGCCAGCCACAGGUGUCCUCUUCCACUGACCACUGUACAACUGUUAGCAUGUGAUGGAGAGCACGUUACCUUCGGGUCUCCUUCUCGCUAAAAUGCGCCGGCGGGUCCUCCCUAUCCUUUUGUCGUUUUUUUGUUAUAGAGCCCCAACAAAGUCUCCCGGUUUCUCUCUCAAUAUGCCAUGCUAAUAGAUUAUUAUUUACAAUGAUGUCCGUGCUCUUGCUCUUGGAUUUAAGUAGAGGUGUUAAUAUAUCGUAAAUAUAUCGAAUCAAAUCAAAUACCAACUCAAAGAUGGUGGUGGGAGCAACGGAACUGAGUCAAGUGGACGUGCUUCUUUUAUUAUUUUUUCUCUUAAAUAAUUUAAAUAACUACUGCAGUUGCAGGAGGGAUCAGGCUUUUCUGAAAGCCUGCUGCUAUUUUAGGUAGCAGGAUUCCUUUCUACUGUUCUAACUUUUGUUUUUGUUUUUGUUUUGGCGUCUUCUGAGCUGAGACUAGGUGGGAAUUGUGAUUUUUUUUUUCUUUUUCAUUUUUUGUUUGACAAUGAUGCUUGGAGUACCCCAGGGAGAAAAGGAACGAAGGAGAGGGAGGUAUUUACAUG